UCCUAUCCCGCUCACCCUUUAUAGAAGUCUCACCUCUGGAAAACAGUGUCCUCCUAAUCCAAGACCAUAUCACUCCCCUUGAUAGAAGCCUUCUCGAUUCCCUCGGUCUUAUCCAAGACCAUAACACUCUCAAAUCGCCCAUGGCCCUUGUCCGCGAGCGCCGGCUCCCUCACCUCAAUCUCACCGUUGAACUCCCCGUUCCCGCCGCCGCUGACUGCCGCCUCCGCUUUCCCGUGUCGCCGCAGCGGUGCUCCACCUCUUAUGCAGCCACCGACGACGCGGAGUUCCGGCUGUCGGAGUUCGAGAAGCUCCGGGUCCUCGGCCACGGCAAUGGGGGCACCGUCUACGAGGUACGCCACCGCGUCACCGCCGCGGUGUACGCCCUCAAGGUGGUGCACACCGACACCGCCGACGCCUUCCUCCGCCGCCAGGUGUACCGCGAGGUCGAUAUCCUCCGCCGCGCCGCCGGCUCCGACCGCGUUGUCCGCUUCCACGGCAUGGCCCCGACGCCCUCCGGGGACGUUGCUCUGCUCCUGGAACACAUGGACGGCGGCUCCCUCGACGCCUUGCUUCGCCGCCGCGGCUACCGCCCUUUCCCGGAGCCUGCCCUCGCGGCCGUCGCCCGCCAGGCACUCCUCGGCCUCGCCGAUCUCCACUCCCGCCAGAUCGUCCACCGCGACAUCAAGCCCGCGAACCUCCUCAUCAACGCCACCGGCGAGGUCAAGAUCGCCGACUUCGGCGUGGGCAAGGUGCUUCGGCGGUCGCUGGACCCCUGCGACUCCUAUGUGGGGACGUGCGCGUACAUGAGCCCGGAGCGGUUCGACUCGGAGUCGUACGGUGGGGACUACGACCCCUACGCGGCCGACGUGUGGAGCUUAGGGCUGGCGGUGCUGGAGCUGCACCGGGGACACUUCCCGUUGCUCCCUAAGGGGGCGCGGCUGGACUGGGCGGCGCUGAUGGUGGUGAUUUGCUUCGGGGAGGCGGCUAGGGCAGUGCCGGAGGGGGCAGCGUCUAGCGAGUUCCGGGGGUUCCUAGAUUGCUGCCUGCAGAAGGAGAGCAGGAAGCGGUGGUCGGUGGCAGAACUCCUGGGCCACCCCUUCGUGGCCGCGGAUUACCGGGCUGAGUCAGAGAAGGCGCUGCAGGACCUGCUGCACGAGGAAAUGGACGAGCCGUGACUCAGCGGCGCCCGUGGACUCGCCCGAGUUGGUUGGGAAUCCUGGGAUUUGUCGAGUCUUGUGUACAUAAUAGUGUAGUAGUUACAUCGGUUGGGGAGACCUGGUUGGUUUGUCCAUUUGCCUAACAAUAAUGGAGUAGUUGGGCACUCAAACCAUCUAUAAAGUUUGAUUAUAGGAUGCAAAUCAAAAACCCAAUUGAAGAUUAUUCGAACCAAGCAAGGAUUACUAGAACCAAAUUUUAGAAGGUUAUGUCCAUAUCUUUAAAAGUUUGAUUUACUGCCUUGAGAGUAAAUUGAAUGUCAUGAAGUCCAUAUCUUGGAUUCAAA